AGUAACUUCAAAGUUAAAUGUCAAUUUGAAAAUUUGGUAAACAUUGGAUGUGAUGAUGGUAGAAUAAUUAUUUUUUGAGUACAUAUUGAGUGAUUAAAGCAGCUGAACAUUGUAUAUUUCAUAAUAGUUGUUGUUUAAAUUGCAUAGCAUCUACAAAUUGUUAUGGUAAAAAAACCUUGUAAGAAGAAUGGAGUCUUUGUAUUAUCAAACGAGCCAACUAAUACAGGAAACGUCCAAUUUGUUCCCUAAGUUAGAGAACGAUCCAAAUUGGGAAAGUAUUGAAAACGCAAUCCAGUUGAAAAUUAAUGCAAUUAGUGCGAAUUGUGAAAGGUUGGAUGUUUUGGUUUUCAAGACUCCAAUUAAUGAAAGGCCAAUGGCAAAAAUGAGAGUUGAUCAAUUAAAAUAUGAUAAUAAGCAUAUACAGGCAUCGCUUAACAAUACUGCAAGUAAGAGGCGCAGACGUGAAGAAGAGAAAACUGAAAGGGAACAGUUACUAAGCAGAAGAUUUGGUCAUGACCACACAGAGAUAACUGUUGACUAUUUGGGACAAGAACAAAAUUCUUUGCAGAAUUCUCAUAGAAAUGUUGAUGAAAUGCUGAAUACAGGUUCAAAUAUUUUGCAGACGCUAAGAUACAACAGAGAAACGCUAAAAGGAGCUCAUAAAAGACUAAUAGACUUGGCUAACACGUUAGGUCUAUCCAACGCAACCAUUUCACUAAUCGAAAGACGAGUUUCUCAAGACAAAUACGUUUUAUUCGGCGGAAUGUUCGUCACAUUGGCUGUGAUUAUUCUUGUGAUCAUAUAUCUUGUGUGAUAGUUAAACAAUCUUUGAAAGCUUAUAACUUGCAAAUCUAUAAAUCAUAUAUAUUUUUUGCGAUAAAAGGAGUGAUAUAGUUUUAAGUAAUUUAUGCAUUUUGAAAAGAGAAAUUGAAUAAAUCGUUAUUAUAGUU